AUUCUAGGAAAAGUGUUUCCCACGCUGAGAACACAAGAAGCCUAUCCUGCUCUAUGCAUGUCACCAGGUUGUUGUAAGAAAGUGCCACACACUCACUCACAAUAGGCGUGGUUUAAUCGCUCAGGGCAGGGUAAGGUGCAUUUGGUUCACUAAACGCCUCAGUAUCCCGGUUGAAGGCUACCGCUUCGGAUGCGUACACUGCAGAGAAGAAAGAUCCAACCAUGAUGCUAGCUCCACUGAAGUCCGUCCUCGCUCUUGGGGACCGAGAGGAAACGUCGCUGGCCUUACCGUCAAGUAAUCAAUUCGGUUCCGGCCGGCAGCGCGUCCUCGAUCAAGUUCAAACCAUCAAGAGAACAAAGUCGAGAAACGUCAUCAAAAGUUCCUCGGGAUCAAUUUCUCCUGCGAGUCCUAUAUAUAACUAUACAGGCCUCUUCACCAAGUCCUUCAAAUCACUGCCGGACACGCUCAAUGGAAAUUACUAUUUCCCACCCACCUUUUCUGCAAGCGGCGUCUCAAAAACGGGCUCGUGCACACGGAAGCUUGCCCGCACCAGCAGCCAAUGGGAGGGCACUCUGACCUCCCCCCACCCUCUCACGAUGGGCAAGACCAACAGCAGCCGCAGUGAGCCAGACCUAGGGCGGUUCCCCCGGGCCAAGCGCCCAGCAGCCAGCCAGCAGGCUCGGGUCAACCGCUCCUCCACCUACCUGGACCAGAAGAGAUCCACUCUGGUGGCCACCAACAGGAACUCUCGCCUGGUGGAUGUGUGGGCGGUGGAGGGCGGGGGCUUGAUCCAGGUGAACCGGCAGCAGGUCUCCAGUCAGAAGCCUGUGGAGAGAGUCGCGUCCAAACAUUCUGUGGUGGAGACCAAGACUUCUGGAGCUAAGAGCAAGGAUGCACGAGACAUCAAGAUGAUGGACCUCACCAUGAAGGAGGCCGUGGACUUCCUGUGCAGUGGAGAUGAGAACUACCAGCACUGUGGGGCGUCCUUCAUCCAGCACAACACCUUCACAGAAGACAAGGCCAAGCAGGAGGUGCGGACGCUGAAGGGCAUCGCCCCCCUGGUGUCCCUGCUGCGCAGCCCCAAGGAGCAGGUCCAGCAGACCGCCUCCGCUGCCCUCAGGAACCUGGCCUUCAGAGACAGCAGCAACAAGGAGGAGGUCCAGCGCUACGGGGGAGUCAGCGAGGCCCUGGCUGUGCUCAGAGAGACACCGUCCUCAGAGACGCAGAAACACCUCACAGGCCUGCUGUGGAACCUGUCCUCUGUUGACGAGCUAAAGCCGGAGCUGGUUGGUAGCGCCCUGCCGGUCCUCAUGGAGACCGUGGUGCUGCCGUUCACCGGGCAAGCGGACCAGCUCACCAUCAUGGACCCCGAGGUGUUCUACCAUACCACCGGCUGCCUCAGGAACCUGAGCUGUGCCAAGCAGAACAACAGGCAGGCCAUGAGGAAGUGCCGCGGCCUGGUGGAGUCCCUGCUCAGCUACGUCCAGGACUGCGUGGACGCCGACCGCCCCGACGACAAGUCUGUGGAGAACUGUGUGUGCGUGCUCCACAACCUGACCUUCCAGCUGGAGGGGGAGGCUCCGGCCCUGUUCAGCAGGAUCACGGCCCUGGGCAGGCUCCCCUGCAGGGCCAGCAACCAGGGGGACACCAGCCCCAUUGGCUGCUUCAGCCAGCAGAGCAACAAGCUGGAGCAGGAGAGCCACUUUGACUACCCUGUCCUGGAGGAGCAGUGCCCCUCUGGAGCUGGCUGGCUGCUUCACUCCAAGACUCUCCAGAUGUACCUGUCUCUGCUGGAGUCCAGCCAGCAGGACGACACCCUGGAGGCAUCCUGCGGAGCCCUGCAGAACCUCACCUCCGGCCAGGGCAUAGUGUCCCACGUCAUGAGCCAGACUGUGGUCCAGAAGCUGAACGGUCUGAGAGUCAUCUCCCCUCUGCUGCGCUCGCCCAAACCCAGCCUCCAGCGCGGGGCCAUCAGCCUGCUGGGGAACCUGGCCCGGAAUCCACGCCUGCACACCGCCAUCGCUCGCCAAUCCCUCCCAGACCUGGCUGGCGUCCUCAGCUCUGGGACCAAUGAGGGGACGGAGUCGGACGACACCCUGGGUGUGGCCUGCCAGACGGCCCACUCCCUGAUCCUGAAGGAGCCCGACCUGGGCAAGCGCCUCCUCACCCGACCCCUGGUCGCCUCCCUCAACGACCUGAGCAGGAACAAGUACUUUCCCAAAUCCAGCAAAGCAGCAGCGUUGCUUCUUAACAACCUCUGGUCCGAAAAGGACAUACAGAGUUUCCUCAAAAAGCAAGGGAUGACCAAGGCUUCCUUUGUGAAUGACGUCACCACAGCCGUCACCAGGUCUAGUCAGAUGGUACAGUAACAGCUGGUCCUGCUCACCACCUUCACAACACACACACACUCACAGCACACACACACAGCACACACACACAGCAUGCACACACACACACUCACAGCACACACUCACAACACACACACACAGCAUGCACACACACUCACAACACACACUCACAACACACACACACAGCAUGCACACACACUCACAGCACACACACACACAACACAGCCCCCCUCAACACUCUUGACACCGGACCUCUUCUCUACUGAAUGUGGGGGGGUGGGGGCAGCACGAAGUGGGGAUGAUGUUGUGGGUGGUUUUGUUGUGUUUUUAAUAGUUUUGUAUGGUAUUUUAAUGGUAUUUUUAAUGUAUGUAAUGUAUGUAAUGUCCGACAUAACUGUUUUUAUGCUGGUCUUAUUGCAAAACCAAUUGCCGUUCAGAGACAUAAAUAAAUGAAUGACCAAAACCUACACCACACACCGACUCAACACACCACAACUUACACCCUCACAACCUACACCACACACACACUCACAACACAACCUACACAACACAUACAUCACAACCAACACAACACACACACACAAGGACCAAGGAUCUAACUGUCUGCUUUCACAAGUGUAAUGUCACUCAGUUACCAUAAUAAACUCAUUUCUGCUGUGUGUAGAUAAAGUGUCAGGAAGUGUUGGUUUAGCCAUGCUCUCUCUUUAGAGAUGCAUGGACUCAUCACUCGUUGGAUACUGUUGCACUUUGUAACACUGGCAGGGUAUUUACAUGCACUAUGAAUCCUAGUUGUACGGCCAGGUGAUUCUUUUUACAAAUGCACUGCACUCCUUUCGAUAUUAGGCUACAUUAUGACAUGUUUUGUUUUUUGGGGGAGUAUUGAAUAAGAUAACACUGAAUGGACUGACUAAAUGGAAAUAAAAAUGUUAAAUGUU